GAAAACUCCCAUUUCACCUCUUUCUUCAUCUCCUUAAAUAUUAAGAAUUUAUCUCAUUGAUCCCAAGAAUGUUUCUUAAAAGUACUCUUAAAUCCUCAAUUUCUCUCAACAGAUCUGCAAAUGCCUAUUUGAACAAAAAAUCUUUCUCUUCUUCCUCUUUAUAUUUUAAUAACAUCAAUCCAAAUCCAAAUAAGAAUUCUAGUGAUCAUGAUCCCACCACUCAUUUUGGCUUUAAAACUGUUCUUCAAGAUGAAAAGGAGAAAUUGGUUCACAAUGUUUUUUCCUCUGUUGCUUCAAGCUACGAUGUAAUGAACGACGCCAUGUCCUUUGGUAUCCAUAGAUUAUGGAAGGAUCAUUUCAUUAAAAGAUUAGAUGCUGGAAUGAGACCUGGUGGUCAACCUUUACAAUUCUUAGAUGUUGCCGGUGGCACUGGUGACAUCGCUUUUGGCUUAUUAGACCACGCUGCUAAAAACCACAAAGAUACCAAAUCAACAAUGACAAUCGCUGAUAUAAAUACUGAUAUGUUAAAAGAAGGUCAAAAUAGAUAUUCAAAAUCAAAAUUCGCUCUAGAAAAUCCCUCAAGAAUUCAAUUCAUUGAACAAAAUGGCGAAAUUUUAGACAAAGUCCCAGACAACUCAAAGGAUAUCUAUACAAUUGCUUUUGGCAUUAGAAACUUUACGAAUAUUCAAGCCGGUUUAAAUGCUGCAUUUAGAGUCUUAAAACCCGGUGGUAUCUUUGCUUGCCUUGAGUUCUCAAAAGUUAAUAACACAAUCUUAAAUUCAAUAUACAAAAAUUACAGCUUUACAAUGAUACCCCUAAUGGGCCAAUUGAUCGCCAAUGAUAGAGAUUCUUAUCAAUACUUGGUUGAAAGUAUCGAAAAAUUCCCAUCUCAAGAAAAUUUUUCAAAUAUGAUUAGAAAGGCUGGUUUUUAUGUCCCUGAUAAAGGCUUUGAAAAUUUGACCUUUGGUGUAGCUGCUAUCCAUAUCGGUGUUAAAGUUUAAAAUACCUGAUAAAUUGUACAUUCUUUCUUAAUUAUAUACUAAUAAUCAUAUAGCUUUCCUGUAAUUUAAUUGCUACUUAAUAACCAAUCAAGAACAUAAUAUAUAUUCUCGGUUCGAUUAAUUGCUUCCAUCAAUUUCACAAUUUUCUUGCUUUUAAGCCUCUUAUUAUUAGAAUUCGAAUAAUUAAUAUUAUUUCCAUUGGAGUUUUCAAUGAUAUCCCCCUUUUUAAUUAUCCCAUUAUCUGUAAAUAUCUUAUCUUUUCCUUCAUACAUAUCAACUUUAAUCACUUUUCCAUUAUUAAUAAAUAGCUUGAUUUUAUUUAAAUUUUGAAAAAUAUUCGUUUUACCACCAAAUAAGCUAUUAUAACCAUCGUUGUUAUUUUUAUCAUUGCUAUUGUUAUCACUAUUACUACUACCACUAUUAGAACUCAUGCCCAUAUUCAUACCCAUGUUCAUACCA